GUGAGGGGGUGAGGGUGGGUGAACCAGCACAUCAGGGGACCAGCUGGAGCUGCAAGACAGCCGGUCCCAACUCCUUUGCUCAGAGGCGAGAGCUGCGGCUGGCAGUGAACAUCCCACACUGUGACAGGUGAUUGUAGGGAGGUUAUUUUCUCUUCUGUUGGUCCUAGGCUGCCUGUAAUUCUGAUGGAAACAAUAGCUUCCUCGAACUGAAAAUAUAGCAGAUCCUCCUUAGCUGUGUUUCUGUUUUCCUUGUACUGUUUAAAGGAUGUACAGUUUACAGACUGAAAAAUAGUAUAUUCUAAUCUGAGCUGAGAUGAACCGUAAGAGGAGCGUAAAACAUUUCAGGAGCACACAGGCACUGCGCGGCAGCACGGCACAGAAGCUUUCCUAGAAGAUGUGUGCAGCCGUGUUGAGGAGCAGCUCCAUGGGGUGUGUGCAGCUGAUUUGUCAUAAUGUGUAAACCUCUGGCUACAUUCCGAAAAUGCAUAGUUUAUCAAGUCUUUAGGCAAAAACCAUCAGUGCUGGUUCUCACCCACGAAUGUAGUUCUGUCUUCCUGAUGCGCUGGAAAUACCCCCAAACAGAUGCCAAAUGUGAGACUGAAAAUUGAAUUUAUAGGGCUCCGUGCUGUGUGGAACUGUGUUUUUAAGAUGAGAGCUGUCCUACCUGAUACUUGUUUUAGGGAUAAGCUGGCAGCACGAGGGAGACCCAAGAAUGCAGUUAGGAAGAGAAGCUGUUCCCAGAGUUUCUGAUGACCUGGGUUGUUCUUGUUCACAGCCCUGGUGAUCACAGCCUCCAGAAACCAGGUUAGAGGCCCAUGGAGCCUCAUUCUUAGGCCUGUGAAGGGGGGCAGCAACCAGGACAAGUCCCUCCCGGCCUCUGGUCUCAUGGCUGCGAGCAGAAGCCAUGCAUUUUCCAUGCUGCAGUCUGCACCACCGGCAGCAGUGGGAGAGCUCGUGUGGUGUGGACACCUCAGAAUGGGCCUGGGGCCUGGGCCUGUGCUCCAACAGGUGCCGCUGCCCCCAGGGUUGGGGGGUGUUGUUGACACCGAGCUGCCAUCUGAUGUGACCCCUGGAUGUGUCCGUCCUGAUGCUCUGGGCCGUCUUCCACUGGAGACCCUUGUGAGGCCUCAUCUUCCCAGCUCAGCAGAGGGAGGGAGGGCUGGCUGCACCGCCCAGAGCUGCCCUGUGCUAGGGCUCCCGUAGGAGACCUGCCUCCCUGAGGUCACACCAGGAGGUGAGCAGAGCUGCCUCAGUCAGAGUGAGUUCCCCGUCGUGGUCACCUCCUUCUGUCCCCAGCUCAUGCCAGCAUCGGCCCUCACUGCAGCAGAAACCCCCCCCUUGGUACUCAGAUGUAGUUUUUAUUUCUUGAGCGAUUUGAGCCCGGAUGCUCAGAUGUCUCUUCAGAGUCUGGAAAAAUGGCUUGGACAUUAGUUCCUCUGCACAUUGGUUAACUCUCGCUUCCCAGAGUCAACUGGAAAUCAAAGGUAAAUUAAUUUUUGUUUUUCUUGGACAAGCUGCACCUCUUAACCAACUUGUUGUAGGAAAUUGGGUUUUAAGGCUCUUUAUAAAAUGUCUUCAUCAUUUUUCAUGUUUGCUUCUCACCCCUUGAACUGAGCCCAGUUUCACCAAGACUUCCCCUUGAAGUGGCCACAACAAUGCCCUGACAAAUUCAGGAAGUCCACCGUAAGUCAUGGUGGAUCCUCGGAUUCCUCGAUCCUCAGAUUUUCCAGUUAAAGUGGCCUUGGGGAACUCACAGGUCUUUUAUGGACUUUGUGAACUUCCGGCCGAGGACACUUGGACAUGGAAUCUAAGGCUCUAACCCAGUCCUGGCAUUGUUCCCAGACUCAGGAAAUCCUCUGAGGAAACAAAACCACAUGCCCCCAUAAAAAAAGGUGCUGAUUCGCAGAGCAGCUCAUUGGCAGAAAGCAUUGUAUGAGCGGUUUCUGAAAUCAGGACUCCUGGGCUCAAGCCUGCUUUACACCUGGGACUGCUGUGACCCCACUGGGAACUGGUUUCUGCUGGGGUCCUGGGAAGAGCAUUCGGUCCCCCAACCUGCCUGGCCAUCACGUGUAUUCCCCAGUCCCUGACACCCUGGCAGGAAAGCACAGCGAGGUCUGUCUGUGGAGCAUCUUGGAUGCAAACCCCAACUGUGGGUAAGGGGCCGCAUCUUUUGGGAGUCAUUGCCAGGUGCUCUGGUGUCCUGAGCUGCCCGGGGCUUCUGAGGGCCCCUUCAGGGGCUUCCAUGUGGAGCCUCUACCCUGACCCAAGUGAGCCUGGAGGCUGAGCUGCCUGGGCCGUGUCCCGGGCACAUGGUUGGAUUGGCACAGUGUUUGCCUCGCUGCCUCCCUGGGCUGCCCCUGUGGAGGGGACACUGCCUCUGCCUGGGGAGCUGCCCCUGGGCCUGGAGGCUGCACUCACCCCCCUGCUGCUGCUGGUCCUAGGGCCACAGUGCCCAGAAGCCCUUGAGCUGUUCUUUCACCAGAGUCUGUCUCUCUGCUUCCGGCUCCUACCUGCUAAGAGCACCCAACCUAAGGGACGGGUCCCUCCCUGUGGUGGCAGCCCCAUGCCCCCGGCUGGCCCAGCUUCCCCAUUGUGAUGCUGCUCCAUCACUCUUCUGCCCCUGAGCUACCCAUUUGCCUGCAGAUGAGGCGACCAGAAAAAGCCUUGAACUUCUAUCUCCACGGGGGACUCGGAAGCUAGCCACACCUCACAGAUGGCAGUUCCUGGAGGCAGGCGGUGCGCGUGUCUGCAGAGCCCAGACCCAUGCGAAGAGAGUGACAAACUUGUCAUGGGCUCGUCGAGGACAGAAAGAAACCCUUCUGGCUGCUCAUGAAGCUGGCCUUGUGUUGUCGCUAUCCUUCGUUUGUCAACUGUUCUUGGGAUAGGUGUUAAAUUACAACCAAGGAGCUGGCGUUAUGAAGACAAACUGGGAUUUUCCAAGCUGUCAAAGGAAAAGAAAAUCAUUAACUACCCCCCUCCUGUCCUUCCUCUGUCCCCUGGCAACACAGGCCCUUCUCUGCUGCCCUGCGACUUGGCACCGGCUCUGCCUGGUGUGGCAAUGGUGCUGCGUCCUGCCCGCUGGCUGGGGGGUGGUCUCCUCGCUGUUUACUCCCAGCUGGAGCAGGAGUUCAGACCCUCUGCUUCUGCACAAAGGAGCCCCAAACCACCACUUGAGGGAGUUUCUGACGGAGCGCGUGUGCUGUCCUGUAGAGCAAGCCUUCCCCAGCCGCCCUAUGGCAAAGCUCUGCACAGUUAUGAGGACCAGGAGCCCGGGGACCUCAGGUUCAGCAAGGGGGAUGUCAUCGUCUUGCGGCACCGGGUGGAUGAGCACUGGUACCACGGCCUCCUGCCCGCCAGCUACGUCCAGAGUGUGCGGCCCCUGCCCCAGGCCCCGCCCCAGGGCAAAGCGCUCUACGAUUUUGAGAUGAAGGACAGAGACCAGGACAAGGACUGUCUGACCUUCAGCAAGGAUGAGGUCCUGACUGUCAUCAGAAGAGUGGAUGACAACUGGGCAGAGGGAAUGCUGGGAGACAAGGUGGGGAUCUUCCCCCUCCUGUAUGUGGAGCUCAACGAUGCUGCCAAGCAGCUGAUGGAGAUGGACAAGCCGGGCCCGGUUGCAGCAUCUGGCUGCCUUGCUUCCUUGCCCUCUGACCCUGGCACGGCAGCUGGCUUGGCCCCAGGUCCUACUUCAGGCAGUCUGGGGGCAGCCAGCGCCCUCCAGCGGCGUGUGGACAGCAAGAAGAACACCAAGAAACGGCACUCCUUCACGGCGCUCAGCGUGACACACAGGUCCACGCAGGCUGCUGGCCACAGGCGUUCCAUGGAGAUCAGCGCCCCCGUGCUGAUCAGCUCCAGUGACCCCCGGGCCGCGGCCAGGAUUGGAGACCUGGCGCACCUGUCCUGCAGCGCUCCCACCCAGGACUCAUCCUUGGCCGGAUCUGCCCCAGCGACUGAACAGCAGGGCACAGCUCCCAAAGUCCAGCUACCCCUCAACGUGUACCUCGCGCUCUAUGCCUACAAGCCCCAGAAGAGCGACGAGCUGGAGCUGCGCAAGGGUGACACGUACCGCGUCCUGGAGAAGUGCCGGGAUGGCUGGUUCAAGGGCACGGCCCUGAGGACUGGGCUGUCAGGCGUGUUCCCGGGAAACUACGUGACGCCUGUGUCCAGGGUUCCUGGAGGAGGGGCUGGGUCAGUCCGGAACAGCGUGCUUGGAGGGUCUCCGCUGGCCAAAGGGAUGGCCACAACCCUGCACCUGGGAGGUGGGAGUCUGAGCAGCCCGGCCACGGCCCUGAGGCCGGCCCUUCCCCUCAGCACUGGCCAGGCUCAGGCCCAGCACCAGGCAGCCUCGCCGCCGAUGGGCAGUUGUCUGCGGCACUCGGCCCAGCCGACAGCCAGCCAGGCCCGGAAUGCCGUCCCCACUGCUGCCCACUCAGCCCAGACUCAGGACCGGCCAACCGCCACCGUGUCACCCCUGCGCACACAGAACUCCCCAUCCCGCCUGCCCUCCACCAGCCUCAGGCCCCCAUCUGUGGGGUCCCCACAGCACAUCCACCAGUCCCCGGUGCAGACGGCCAUUGGGGCCCAGAGCCCCCGGCCGGCCAUGCAGCUCAUGUCAGCAGCCUCGGCCAUCACACCUCCCAACGUCAGUGCCGCCAACCUCAACGGGGAGGCAGGAGGAGGCCCUGCCAGCAGCCCGUCCACAUCCAGCCCCACCAACAUGGGAGGCAAACCAGAUGAGAGGAAAAGUGAAAAGAAAGACAAGAAGACUGGGCUCCUGAAGCUGCUGGCCGGGGCGUCUGCCAAGAAGAAGCCCCGCUCCCCGCCACCCACCUCUCCCACCCAUGACCCCCAGGCAGCGGUGGAUGCCAUGCUCCAGGGCGCAGUGGGGCCCGAAGUGUCUUCCUCGCUGUCCACCCACAGCAGGGCUGGGUCCUGCCCCUUAGAGGGCGAGAUGCAGGGGGCCUUGGGUGUGGAGCCGCUGCACAGGAAGGCGGGCUCCUUGGAUCUGAACUUCUCGUCCCCUUCCCGGCAAGCGCCUCUCUCCAUGGCCGCCAUCCGCCCUGAGCCCAAGGCACUGCCCAGAGAGAGGUACCGCGUGGUGGUCUCGUACCCACCCCAGAGCGAGGCAGAGAUCGAGCUGAAGGAAGGGGACGUGGUCUUCGUGCACAAGAAGCGUGAGGACGGCUGGUAUAAGGGGACCCUGCAGAGGAACGGCCGCACGGGGCUCUUCCCUGGCAGCUUCGUGGAGAGUUUCUAGGCCCAGGGCUGAGGCGGGGUGCCCUGUACACGGCAGGCGGGGCCAGGAGAUCAGGGCCCCUGAUGGGAACCCCUGUAUCCCCAUGAAGUGGCUCUGAAGGAGCAGACCCUGCCAGGUGGUUAGCUUCUGAGACACUCACUGGCCAUCUGCACAGGGGGCCUGGGGGCACAAGCCCACCACCCGUGCUUGGAGAGUGUCCUUAGGGAGGCUCCCAUCUUCAGGUGGGCCCAGACUGCUCUCCGCCUCUGUCUAUACCUCAGUCACCUCCACCUGGACCCUCAGCAUGGGUGUCACCAGCCCUGUCCCAGGGAGGCCACCUUGUGGCUCCUGUGGGACGAGGUAUGAGCAGUGCUUCUUGCUUUGCCAGCGUGGUCCCAUCUUUCUUAUGUCUUUUUACUGCAAAGCUGUUAGACUUUAUAAACUGCUAACAGGUCAUACACUGCCUAUUUUUCUUACACCUGGUGCUGCCUUUUUGUAAAACUUGUCAGGACUUGGUUGAGCUUGAAAGAAAAAAUAUCUGGGGAGGCACCAAACAGGCAAAACUUCCACAGGCGCCAUGUGACCCUGGGGAGCCAGGUCCUCACUGCCUUGGUGCUCGUGGGGCCAGAGGGGCACUGGGUGUUGGAGGGAGUUUGGAAAAACUAGUUCUCUUUAAACCUGUCCCAGAGCUCCAGCCACAUCUAAGCAGUGACAAUGUGACCAGAGGUCCCUGUAAGUGCCUGUUGUGAGGCAGCAAUAGGAACAGGAAGGUUGGCCACAGGCCUGGAGGCAUAACUCCCCUUCUGUUGCUGCAGAGUGACCAGAGCUAGGAGCCCCCACUACAGAGAUGUGUGGGUUUUACUGCCUUUGCAAGGUCUGGCCAUUUUUCUUUAACUGCUCUGCCAUUGAGCAGCACAAGCCUUGGUCGCAAGUCCAGAGACACAAGGAGGAGGGCUUUGGGGCAUCCUGUAGACUUGGAGCUGGUAGGGGAGGAGGCAGGUCUGAUCUCGGGAUGGGGUCCACACGGCGCCCCUGUGAGUCCAGCUUCCUGCAGGCACAGACUGGAGGCACCGUGAGACACCUUAUGAAACGUUCUUCUCAGCUUGGAGUCCCGGGCCCUAAAGCCUCUCUCUCAUUACAAAACCACUCAGGUUUAAACCAGGCUGAGGUCAUUAGCCUUAGAAACAUGGGAUCUCCCUGCAAUGAAAUCCCGAAACCCACUCGUGGCCUCUGAUGCCCUAACAGGAAUGCUUAUGUUCAGAGUUCCUGUGUUGGGAUGUGACUUGCUACGGCCAGGUGGAUCCCAGGCUGGCAGUAGCCCCUAGAGAAAAGCUCUCUUCCGCUCUCCAGAGGAGAACAGAUUUAAUAGAGUUGAGCAAUUUGCUCUGAGUCAAAUUAAAAAUCUGGGUUAAACACAGGGAGCCCUGAGUGCUGAGUUUAUGGCAGCCGGAAGGUGCCCACUGGUCACUGGUUGCCAAAUGAGUUGCCUCCCAUGCACAGGAAUCAUGUGCAUGCCUAAAACUGGGUCAUCACCAAAGAUGUGGAUGGAUUGGCACGCUGAGUGAGACUCCAGUGAAACAGCUAAUUCAAUCCCCAGAUGAUAGGAAUGUCUAAAUGAAGGCAGUUACCAAGCAACAGGACAGACGAACCGGCCGGUUCCUCUCCUGGCUCCUUGCACGUGAUGCUGAGGCUGGUGCCUGGCAGAGGCAGCAGCUGGGCCCCAGGCCCCAGCAGGUGUCUUAGCAUGGUGGCCUGGCCCGUCCGAGCAAAGUCAGGGACAGGCUUGGUGGGGCGUGACACCAGCAUCAGGACCUCCUUGCAGGCUGGGCUCUGGGGAGCAGGAACACAGGUGAUCACUUCUGUGCUUUGGGCAGUUUUCUAACCCUCAGACCAUCAGCCCUCCUGGCCACUUAGCCACAGGCAGCACAGGGCCAGCAUCAGACCCCACUGUCCGGCCAUCUUGCCUGAAGGACCCUCUCCAUCUGACCACCAAGAUGAACCAACCCUUUGUCUGAAACCCGCAGGUUCCCCAAGCCAGACCUCACGCACCUUGGUUGUGAUAUGGUGCUAGGGGCCCAGGUGACAUGCUCUGAGGAGCAGGACAGAUGUGACAUCAGAGGACACAGAGUGAUGGGACAUUGGGCCACCAAAGGGCCACAGGCACUGGGGUGGGGGAUGGAAGGCAAGCAUUUCCCAGCAGCCUCACAGUGGGGAAUUCUCUGUACUUUGCACAGUUCACACACACGCACCCCUCGUUUCUGUUGUACACAAGUGUCAGUGUGUGGUGUGUGGUCUUGGAGGAAUGGACAGUGAUGACAAGCCACGAUGCCUCUGUUUCCAAAUCUUUAAAUAAAACUGAACAUGGACAGGUCCAAUGUCUGGAUGGGGGAGCAGUAAGGUGUGGCUGAGCUGGGCAGGACCAGAACCAGCAUCCCCUUACCAGCCCAUGGCUCAUAGCCCUGCCACUUCCAAGAGCUUCCUAUGGGGGACAUGGUCUGCGUCAGGGUGGCAGGCUUCUGAGGGGACUGAGGAUGCCAGUCAGCCGUACCCAGCACAGGCCAGGCUUGCACUGCUGGGCAGGAAGAAUUGAGCCAGGCUGGCCGGGUGUGGGUGGCCUCUAGGUCCCUGCAGGGUUGUGCUCGCCUGGAAGGGUAGAGACCACACCCCUUCUUUCCUUGGAGUCAGCCUUCAUGCCAGUGGGAACACAAGUCCUGUCGGCCAGGAGUGUCUAGAAUCGAUCCCCAGACCAGCACGCUCACACCCCCACCUUGUGGUCUGGCCUCAGGUGCCUGGGGCGUGGAGACAUGGGGUGGAGGAUCCCUGGCCCCUGCUGGCAAGACAGAGUGAGGGCUGGCAGAGGGCUGCUCAAGACUGAGACCAGUCGGGGUGUCUCCUGAAGCAGCUACCCAACCCCCGGCUUCCUGACCAGGACUCAGGCCCAUAGCUUUGAGCAUCAUAUCGCUUGUGCUGAAGGGAAGCUCAAGAGCGGUCUCCCUCUUCUAUACAAAUGGAGUGACCUUGUGUAAGACUGAAGACCACAGUGCAGACUGCGGGUGUGGACAGGGCCUGCACUGCAAUGAGGAAGCCUUCACCCACCUCUCCACAUCUGGCCAGUGGGUCACUAAUACCAACUCCCGAAGCUGGGUGCUGAGCUGGCCCUCCCUGGGAACUGUGUCAGGUGUGAGAGGCGGGGGCAGUGCCAAUACCACCUGCAGCAAAACAUGCCUGGCAGGCCAUCUGGGAAGUAGGCCGCAGGACAACCCUGGCCACAGGGAUGGACACGGCCACCCCCUUCCCCGGGGCCUGGAACCAUAUCCAAGUCCAGGCUGGUUUGCCUUUACUGGUUUAAGCCCUGCAGAGCAGGCAGUGUGCUGGUCUGGGCAGCUGGACACUCACCUGUGGGACACUCCCAUUGUCCACAGGAAACAGGCUCCCAUCAAGGCCUCAGGUCCAUGGAACUUCUCUGCCCUGACACUGACAAGGGGGCAGUCUGUCCCAGGGAACUUUGGGUUCCUUUUGCAGGGGAUACACUCCAUAUCCAGCCCUUAAUCACAAGGACAGAUCAGCAACACCAUAUCAGCUGUUCAGUGGAGGACAGGAGAGACGUCCUGCCUCCCUCCAGCCUCAUCCUGCCCUACUCCUCCUGCCAGAAGCCCCACUGCAGAGAAGAACCCAUUCCAGGAGUACCCCCCGCCAUAGUCCUGAGCCUCCUGGGAAACCUGCAGCCAGACCUCCAGUCACAGGGCUCCUUCUGGAAGGGACAGGAGAGCCUGCUGUUUAGAAAAGUACUUAUGAGUAAGAAAGCAGGUUGGGGGAGGCCAGCAAGGAACUUGCACAUGAGGCAGGGCAGAGGUACCAGGGCAGCCAGGAGAGGCCAGGGCCAAGUGUCCUGCAGAUGGAGAACCACAGCCCCCAAACCUAAGAGGGGCUGAGGGUGCCAGGUGGUAACCCUGUGAUGGGAACUUCCUAGUCACCUGGGCGAGCCCAGAGCUUCACAGGGACUUCAGGGAAGGACUUGGUGCCCAGUGGGCUCUGAAGAUGGGGAAGCCACAGGCUGGUACCCUCUGCCUCAGGUCACAUCCUGAGUGAUCCCAGGGACUUCUGGAUCCCUGCAGGCUUUUCACCUCCAUCUCAGGAGGGCCUGAGUGGGUCUGUUCUAACAAAGAUAUGAUGCAGGCCAUUCAGGCCAAGGGUGAGGGGGCUCCUGACGGGCAGUGUCCAGCCAUGUCCCCCCUAGGAUGGAAGCUGCUCAGGAGCAGAAGGAACUGCUGUGAAGAAGCUCCACAUGGACCCAGGAGGCCUCCUGCAGAGGAGGUGGGCCCUGUAGCCAGGCCGAGGAUGGGCACAGAGGGGCGACUCAACUGGGAUGGGGCAGGAGAUGCCAGCCCUGUGAGGAGGGGGCGCCUAUGGCAGUGGUGAGAGCUCAACAUGGGCCACAGCCACAGGGACUGAAGCAUUCUGGGUUUCUGCAGGAAAGUGUCAUGGGGCUGGGCACAGGCAGGCGGGAGGGACCAACUCUGUCCCCUGCCCACCUUGCAGCCCUGGGGCUCAAUCUGAGGAUGCAGGUUCCUUCUCAGGGACCCCCUUGUCCUUUAGGAAGACUCCCUCCUUGGGCCCUCAGCUUUCUGACAAACAAAACUGCACCUUCUCUGAGCAAAAAAAAGCUCUUUCUCUGAACAAGAAAAGCUUGCCCUGAUUUUCAAGACUGUUGUUUCAGUUUUUGGUCUGAAGAGUAAUGAACAGACAGUUCCCAGAAAAAAAAAAUAUAUAUAUAUAUAUAUAUAAAAGGCCUCAGUAUCAAAAGAUGCUUGGCCUGCCUGGUGAUCAGAGAAACAAAACCCAAAGACUCCGAGGGGCCUUCCGCUUUGGCAGACCGGCCUAAGGCCCUCAGGUGGGGCUGCUCCACCCACAAAGUCACGAUGCAGGUGCCGCCAGCAGGUGGCCCAGGUGCACCUGCGCCCCGCAGUGACACGUGAACAUGAGCACGCCUGGCGUGUCCGUGCAUGGGGCCCGUGCACGCAGGGCACAUCGGUGCACAGGGCCCAUGCUGCUGCGCCUGGGUGCAGGGACUCGACUUUGUGAGACCUCCACGUGGACUGUGGGAAGAGCAGGUGAGGAGCCGCGUGUAUCAUCAGAAAGCUGGCCUCCAAGGAGUCAGUAUAUGUGUAACGAGGCAGUACGUGUGUAACACACGUGUACCUCGUGUGCUGGGUGUUGCAGAAGAAAUGCUAAUAUCGAUGGUGAGGUUCUGACUGGGGUGGGCCUGGGCAUCUCUGGAUGUACUUGUACAUGCUGAUUACUUCUUACCCAUAUCUGUAUCUUAGUUAAAACGGGAUUUUUGAUUUAAAAGUCACAUGACCUGUUUUGACCAGCUCCACACUGUGCAGAGGGGCCCCACUGGACAUUAGGGAAGAAGGCCGGGCUGUGCGGUGUGUAGCCUCUGAGGGGGGAGGGGAAGGGGGCGCAGAGUCCCUGGAGGAGGGAGAAUGAAUCCAAAUCUGAAUCCCUGGCUGCCACGCUCCAGGCCCGCCUGCGUGUGUGGACCGAGGGAGAGCAGGAGCAGAACCAGGUCGCGGGGCUUGUGGUUGGACAUGUGUGCUCUUGGGGUUUCCUCCCUCACUUUCCUGUCAUUCCGAGUGGUCCGGACCCUGGGUUUCUGACGUGGACACUGCCCACCCUCCGGGCCAGAUUCCUGUUUGACUGCAGCCCUUCAAGGUCGCAGACGUCUCUUUCCUCCUGUCCUGCCACUGCGGUGCUGAGGUGACUUACACGUGAGGAAGGGCCAGGCCCUGCAGCCCCACAGCCCCUCUGAAUUAUUAAAUCAUGGCACAUGCAGUACCUUCCCCUGAACUCAGCCCUUUAAUGUGCUUCUUAAAUAUGCAUCUGAGCCCUAAUAGACGUAAAUCACCCUGGGGAAUGGCUUCUCAGCUGCUCGCCUGGCACAUUGCUAAUUUAUAUAUUUUCAAUGAACCCAUCAAAGGACUUAGAUUUUAAUCAAAGGCUUCAGGAUCUUCUGCAGGGCCAAGUCACAUCACCGUCAGUCAGAAGGGAGGUCUCUAGUGGCAUGCCACAGGGCUUUGCCCAGUAGAGCCUUCUGUAAUUCAGAUCAGGGUAUCAAGGCAUAAAUACCACACUUUUCAAUUACCCAAAACCUGGUGGGACAGGCUAACAGAUGGCAGAAUUAAGGUCGGUUCCCUCCAGGGAAGGUUUGUGCCACCUCAAGAGCCUUAUGUACAGAAUCUAGCAGUUUAUUGUGCUUGACCAGCAUAGCUUGACUGGGUUAGAUGCAGAACUGCUGGGGUGAGGGGGCUGCACUCCAGCCUGGUGGGCUCGUCCUAGGACACAUGUGGCUGUGGGGCCCAGGGAAGUGUUUUCUGCCCCAGCAUCCGGGGAGAUCACUAGUGGAAGGGACCCCCCCCAGGCUGGCAAAGGAGGCGGGCUUCUCCUUGGUGGUAGUUGAUGUCACGCUCCAGGCUUUGGAAUCUUAACACAAGCAGCCAGGUUGCAUCAACCAUAAAAUUGUAAAAACUGCUUUAAGCUUUCUAUUUUCAAUACCUUAGAAUCCUUAGUUCAGAUACCCUCCAGUCUGGAAACCUAGUAUAGAAACUGGAGGAAAGCAGGAUUAGUCUUGAAACAGAGGUGGAGGCCCAGAGACCCCCAGCCCUCGUGAAGGCCUGGUCAGAGCUGGCGGCCCUGUGUGUUUGCACCACUGCCCUGCAAUCUGACAAAUGCAAGCUCUGGAUUCUGUUCAGCUUCUGGCCUCUUGUCCUAAUAAACUGCUUGGGGUGCUGUCAGGACAUUUUAGAGAUGGGAUCGGAAUUGAGAUCACAAACCUGGGUUAAACGGUCCAGAACCACAUUCAGUCCCAGCCUGGCCCACCCUCCAGAGGCUGCAUCCCCAGGUUGCCUGGCUCAGCUCUGCCCCUUUUGCAUCUCCUCUCACUUGGUGCUAGGCCUGCGACAUGGUCAGGGGCAGGGGCAGCAUCUGAGAUGCAGCUUCCCUGGUACUGCUGGUGAACUGGCUUCAGUGGAGGGCUAAUGGCUGCAUCCUGGUGAAAGGCUGCUUCUCUGUUACCUGAGAGUAGGGUGUCGCCUGUGAGGCUUCUCCCCUCCUCAGUAUCCCACUGCCAACAGCGCCCUCCCCCCCUUUUCCACGCAGCCCUGCAGCCAGGCUGCCCCUCCUCCUUCCCCUCCUUCUGGAAGCUCGGGCGUGGAUGUGAGCAGAGCCAUCUCCCACGAGACUGCAGGGUAGAGGAGGGAGGAGGCGGGGCUCUGAGAUGUCCCGGCACCAUGGGUGCCUGUCCAAGGUCACCGUGCGUGGGAGUCAGUCUUUUCCCUCUUGCUCCUGUGUUUUUGUUUUGUUUUUGUCUUUUUUUCCAUUUCUUGGGCCACUCCAGCAGCAUAUGGAGGUUCCCAGGCUAGGGUCCAAUUGGAGCUGCAGCCACUGGCUUACA